AUGUUUGGACCAGAAAGGUACCUUGGAGAACUGAAAGGUUAUGUUGGAAAUUGGAGUCGUCCUGAAGCCUCUAUAGCUGAAGGAUAUUUGGUAGAAGAGGGUUUAAUAUUUUGCUCAAGAUAUUUGCAUGAUGGUUCAAAGAAGAAAUCCAAAAACUCUAGUCGAAGCUCUGUAGAAGCAACAGGCAAUGAUAUAUCAGUUAUUUUUCCUAAAGUGGGUCGUCCUCUUGGGAGAAGAAAGGGAGGGAAGAAAGGAGCAUUUUCUCUAGACUCCAACACGCAAAGAUUAGCACAUCGGUAUGUUAUAUUCAAUUUCCAGGAUGAGCUUGUUGAAAAAUACAUCAAAAAAAGGUGGAGGCAAGCCCAACAACAUAGCCAAGAACUCAUGGUUUGGUUUAAAGAAAAAGUAGAGUUAGAACAAGUUCCUGAUCAUAUUAAAUGGUUAGCUUUGGGACCUUCUCACAUUGCAAGGAGAUACACAGGGUACUUCAUUAAUGGGUAUAGAUUCUAUACUCAAGAACGUGAUGCAAAAUUGACAACCCAAAACAGUGGAGUUACUUUGACCGCCUUGACUUCAAGUUUCUCAAGUACUAAGGAUCUCAAUCCUAGUGUUGAUGGGAUCACUUAUUAUGGAAGGAUAAAUGAUAUCAUUGAGAUUGACUAUUGGGGUUCUUUUAGUGUUGUCCUAUUCAGGUGUGAGUGGUUUCAAGAGGAUCUUGAUUCAUAUGGUCUGACAUGUGUCAAUUUCAACAAACUGUGCUAUGAAGAUGAUCCUUUUGUCUUGGCCUCACAAGUUCAUCAAGUCUUUUAUGUGAAAGAUGCUACUGAAAAGGGUUGCCAUUAUGUAAUGAAAAAAUUAUCAAAAGACUUCAUUAAUAUUAUGGACCAUACAGAGGACGCAUACUUUGCUGAGCUUACUGAAUCUGUGGAGGAAAGGAUGGUGUCUAUUCCCAAUGACGAUGAUGAAAAUAGUUGGAUCCGAGAAGGUGUUCCUCCCAUUGUUCUUGAUUAUCCAGUUGAAAACCAAGAGACUAAUUCAGAAUCAUAUGAUACAGUUGGAAGUGAUACCCCAACUACAGCUACUGCUAAUGUAUCUCAAAUGGGGCGAACUAAUGAGUGGAAGCCAUCAUUUGCAGUUGCCGAAGUUGGAAUUCCUCAUCAGGCUUGCGCUUGUCCUGCUCUUGCUAAUGAUAGGUUUCAUGGUGAUAGUGACGUGCGGCUUAUUGUUCCUAAAGUACCAGCAAAGACAGACAAAUCCGACCAAGUUAACACUCAAUCUGAGGGCGACGACGCAUCUAUGAUGAACAACGGCAACGAGCACAUAUAUCUAUGUCAACAGCAGAUGCUCGCCCAAGUCAUUGCAUUUCCUUACAUGCUGCCAAAUAUGAUGGUGCCAUGCGCGGACGUGCCGAAUGUGACGAUUCCAGGCGUGCUGGUUAAUACACUGCAAAGGCCAACCUUAGAUGGCAAUCAUGUCUCAACAUGUUCUGUUUGCUUAGAUGGCAAUGAGAGCUCAAAAUUUUUGAAGCCUAUUGGGAAGGAGCUGAAGAAGAUCAAAUUGGCCAAAAGGAAGCAUCACGGCAAAGGCAAGAUCAGGAAGAAGCACAAUAUAUAA